AUGAAGUCAUUCGAAUCACCUCUAAAAAAGUUUAAACCAGAAAUUUUAGAUGAAGAAAAUGAAAAAUUAGAAUCAAUUACAAAAAAAAUAACAAUGCCAGUAGACCCAAGCUUUGUACGUUGUGGUGGAGAAUUUUCACCAAUGUUAGAAUCAUCAACAUUAAAAAUUGCGUAG